UUGUAAACAAGUCUUACACGUUGUGUGAAAUAUAUUUUAUUUGAUCGUUUCAGUGAGCUGUAUCGUUGGGAAACCCGCAGGACUGGAAGACUUCACUAAGAGAUCAUUCAAUGAGAGAGAUGCUCAAAUACGCAACACAGACCAGGCCAUGGUGACAAGGUCUACCUAUCUCUCCAAAGGGAGGAGGAGAGCAUCAGAAGAGAUGGUCAAGCCCUCUGGCCUAGGUCAGGCCAUUGUCUUCCAACAGGUGAGGUCACUCCUAUGACUCCUGUGACACUAGUCCCUUGACCAACGGUGCAGACGAAAGGUCUGGCCAACCUGAAUGAUGUCAUCAACAGUGCUGCAUCGCCCAGUGAAGACAGGAUGCCACCUGUGAACAGCAGCUUUGAGAGCGUUGGAGCGAGUCAGGAAUGGUGGUUGGUUGGGUGUGGCUCAUCUCAGGUUUGUGAAGAACAGAAGUGCGAGGAAGAGGUUUUUCCCUUGGCAAUGAACUACUUGGACAGAUUUUUAGCCGCGGUUCCAACCAGAAAGUGUAAUCUGCAACUUCUUGGAGCAGUUUGCAUGUUCCUUGCAUCCAAACUGAAAGAAACUCGUCCAUUAACUGCAGACAAACUCUGCAUCUACACUGAUAACUCCAUCAGACCACAGGAGUUGCUGGAGUGGGAGCUGGUGGUGCUGGGGAAGUUGAAGUGGAACCUGGCGGCUGUCACUCCAAAUGACUUCAUAGAGCACAUUGUGAGGAAGCUGCCUUUGCCCGAGGAGAAGUUAGUGCUGAUACGCAAACACGUGCAGACCUUCAUUGCCCUCUGUGCUACAGACUUCAACUUCGCAAUGUACCCCCCGUCCAUGAUCGCCACAGGCAGUGUGGGAGCGGCUAUCUGUGGUCUUCAGUUGGACUCGGGUGACCAGUCACAGUGGGGGGACAGUCUCACAGACCUGCUGGCCAAAAUCACCAACACUGAAGUGGACUGUCUAAAGGAGUGUCAGGAGCAGAUUGAGAGGGUUUUGGUGAGCAGCCUGCGCGAGGGGCGGCAGCAGCAGCAACAGCAGCAGCAGGUCCAGCGUGGCCCCAGCAGUAAGACCAUGGACGAGCUGGAUCAGUCCAGCACCCCAACGGAUGUUCGCGACAUCAACUUGUGAGCCUGCAAAGAGAAGCAGCGCAUCCGGAAUACGCAUCAAAUCAACAUAAAAAAACGACAAAAAAACAAAAACGACAAAAACAAACUACCCCUUGAAAAGAAAUAGCUAGAGAUUUUUUAUUUUGUAAUAUAAAAACAUGCGCCCACGUAUUGUAUGAAAGGAAAGCUAUUUUUAGAUAUAAAAUAGAUAUACUUUAAAAGCUAUGAAUUGAUAUGAGGACGCUCUAUGGUGCCUCAGAUAUACAGAAGCUAAGCCAAUUAUAUGUUGCGUUCUGUUUUUGAUUGUAUAGUCAUAAUAAAGUUAUAUCGAAUAAGACAACAAUAGCUUAAUAAUAAGGAGUUCAAAAAUGUUUGGGGAAACCAUUCGAGGCUUGCAUAUAUGGGAUCACAAUCGGGGCAAGGUUUUUCUGUUUUGUUUGGUUAAUUAUUUUGGUUAAUGUUGGUCUACCGGAGAUAGGAGCCCAAUAAGGGCUCUGCUGACCGUGAAUGGCAGGUCUCAACGUGGCAUGGUUUGGCUGUGUGUUGGUGACGAGGGGAGCACUUUGCAGGAAUUGCAGAGUGUUGUACUAAGAAAGAGACAAGUAGGGUCCAUGGAACAGCCAAGUAUAUAAUAGUGAAUUACAUUAUUAUUAUUAUUAUUAUUAUUAAGAAACGUAUUUGUGAAUAUAGAGUAAUAGACGUCAAUAAGCUCUUUAUGUCAGGCUGAUUGUUCGUGUGUGUGUGUGUGUGUGUGUGUGUGUGUGUGUGUGUGUGUGUGUGUGUGUGUGUGUGUGUGUGUGUGUGUGUGUGUGUGUGUGUGUGUGUGUGUGUGUGUGAAUGUGCGUGUGCGUGCAUCUGUGUGGGUGUAACUGCCAUGAUGUGAGAUUUUUGUAUCAGCUCAACUGUGUGUGUGUGUGUGUGUGUGUGUGUGUGUGUGUGUGUGUGUGUGUGUGUGUGUGUGUGUGUGUGUGUGUGUGUGUGUGUGUGUGUGUGUGUGUGUGUGUGUGUGGAAGUGUUAUGGCUUGGCACUUGAGUGGAAAGACUAGACUAGUGGUAGACUAUGGAACAGGCAGAAGACUCAUUCUCUGCAGGGCAUCUAUGUUAUAUCACUGCCUUAAGUUAAUAUGUGUUGUCGGCCGACAAAAAACUGGGGUCUGAGUCCACUUAGUGGGUGAGAGAGAGAGGGGCGGCUGUGUUCCCUCGUUUUUGUCUAGAGGAGUUUGACAAUGGACCGUCUGCUUUCAGAAGUUUCAUUCGAGGUGUUUGUGUUUUUCACUGCCAACAUACCAAUCAAAUAGCGUUUGUAUUUUUAUGUUGUUGUUGAGUGUUUUUGUUACGGAAGGAGCUUCAGGCUGCUUAGCGUCAGCAGGGAGGAGUGUGUGCCCCUCUUGAUGGUACAUUAGUAUCUCAGAGGAGAGGGGAGGCCUGUGGUCUGUGGUGGUUGUAGGGGGUUUGGGGGGUGGACAGGUAUAGAUGGAAAGAAAGGGUUUGUUGCAGUGCAGAAGCAUGCUGCUGUGUAGAGGAAGGAGAUGUAGUGGAGUUGCUGGAAGAUACAGGAGAGGAGCCUAAAAGCCUCAUAUGACAUCUAUCUGAUUUCUGCGUUUUGGGCAGACUGAGGCCACGGGUGGCAUAUUAGGAUCAAAACCAGCCUCAUUAUUUGAGAAUGAACUUUCUGGGUUCAAUAGAGGAGAGAAAAAUGUAUUGGAGCAGGGGAAGAUUUGUGAUCAAUGCAUCUGUAGUCCCUCAUGGAGUUAUUUCAACACGCCUGGGAUUUCAACAGCAAAGCACUUUGAAAACACGCUCCCCAAUGGACAAUGAAAUGGUUACGGUGUGGGGAUCUAUGGAUGCUUUCUGUUUUCUUGUUAGCUUUUACUUUGUAGGGCUGGUUUCCCACAUUCAGAUGUACCCACUUGGCAAGCAAGUGUCAAAAUAAUGCCUAACACCUUAUGACAUGAGCACAUUCCGAUCUAAAAACAUUCCGAAAUAAAGAAAAGUGCAAGGUGAAAGGGGCGUCUGACCAUUUUUCAUGUGUUUUAACAAAUAACUAAUGCCAAUGCUAAUUAAAAAAAAAUUAAAAAGAAAGGCUACAGACAAGGUUAAUGAUUAUGUUUUUAUUUUAAAAGUUAUCACAUUCUAAAAUAUUUGUUCUACUUGAAUUUUCUAUUUGAUCUGCUUCACAACAACAACAAAAAGCCACAUGGGUGGGAACUAUACAGAAAACGUUAUCAUAGAACAUUUGGUGUUCUGAGGGCAAAUUAGGUUUUCUUUCAAAAAGAUGAAGCUGUUCUAUGUUCAAAGCUAUACCUUAUUGAUGGUUUUGCUAGUAAAGCCUGGCCUGUUGUCUUCGGUGAUACCCCUGUGUGGUUGUGCUGUCCCCGAGGCUGUGCAGGCCUGACUGAUGUCUGUGAACCCGUAGUGAUAAAACUCUAUGAAAGUUCUAUCUCUGCGUGUACCCCUCUCGUCCAGUGAGAUUUGCUGCUUCAGUCACUUCAUUGCCAUGGGGUUUGAUCAGUCACCCAGACGUCAGAAUUAGACUAAUUCACUCCCAAGACUGACACAGGGUACAUCGCCAGCACAAGGCAGCCUUGAUCACGCAAUAUUCUCAUUGCUACAUUUAAAGGUGUAUCAAGGUUUUUGUGUGUUUUUUGUGUGUGUGUGUGUGUGUACGUUUGUUUGUGUUUGCAUGUGUGGUAGGUAUGAGGGGAAAAUGAGGAUUCAGUGUUUUAGCAGGCUACUCAAAAUAAAUGUUUUUCAGGAAAACGUUUUCUAGAAAACAAUCUUAUAAACAAGGCCGUCUUCAACCUCUCACCAAAACUAGCCCCUGUUCAUCAUUGUCAUGGAUGUCUGCCCUUUUUUCCCCCUGCAAGCUCUAUUCUGAACAUAGAUUAUGAUUGGUUUGUUUUUACAAAGUAGUUGACUGUGUUAGGUUUGAAUUUGUAUUUAGACCCCCUUCAAUUUGUGUUUUAUUUUAUGGGGUGUCCAGACCCCCCAAAAAGUUUGUUUGUAGAGUGUUUGUAAGGGGUUAGAUACUGUAUUCCAAAGUGAAGAGAGAUGGAGGAGGUAUGAAGACAUCAGUGUCAAUAUUUUUAUUGAGUUAUUAUUAUUGUCUUUUUGCGCUGCUAAAAGCUAUGAUUUUGUUUCAUUCUUAUAUACAAAAAAAAUUACAUUACUUAGUUGUGAUGUGUCACUUGAGUGUGCUGCUAUUUUAUAAACAUUUGUAUUAUAAUAUAAUUAUUUUACUGCUUAAGAGAUACAUUCAGAAUACUGAAGUAGAUGGUAAUAGAAGAACAUGACAUGAGUAUUCGACUGGAAAUGUUCUUUGUACAGUUUGCUUAGAUAGCAUGUUUCCUUUCCUUUUUAUCUGUUUUGCUCUACUUUCUCAGUCACAUUGCGGUAUCUCUAUACCUCAGGUUUACUGGACAAAAAAAGAAUAUCUGAAUACCUCACAACUACAGUUUUUAGGGAGCCUGGGAAGGGUAACAGUACAGUAGAAAGCACAGUAGUUUUGUCUGUUGUGAAAUGUACUGACCGUGUUGAGUGGCAAGCAUGCAAGGCUCCCACCUGGACGUAAACCCUAGUGGAGGGUGCACAACAACAAGUCAACACUUCCUUGGUCAGUUUAAGUUGAUGGUGGUGCUAAUUGUGAGACUCAUGUAACAUUCAUUGCAAAGACAAAUGUGAAAAUGUCUCAAAUAUCAUUGAUGAUUAAUUACAUGGUUUGUUGCAAUUAAUGUCUGGAUUUUGGUUCCUAAGCCUGAUUUGAUGAGCUUAGUUGACCUGUGUGUUCCAGGUGGUCCUAUUGUCUGGAAAACCAAUACAAAAUGGCUAAACCAAUAAAUCAAAAAGCUCACCACAUACUGCAUCUGACAUGAGGAAGUGUGUUUCAACAGCAUGGAUUUCCCUUUAGUUGUCCCCCGUCCACUAGAUGUUACAUAAUGUACCUCAGAAAUGUCUGUUGCACAACCUCUGUUCAAUAAACUUCUGCUUUAAAGAGUGUGACACCAUACCAGUCCAAUGUUAUUCUAAUUUCUGUUUUCUUUUUGUACGUUAUUAUGGUUAGUGGAGCAGAUUGUAGGAUGUGAUUGUGUACAUAAAGUGAGGUGAACACUAGAGGUUGCUGUAGUCAUGAAACCAAGAGGACUGGAGGAAUGUUAAGUAGAGUGGAGCUGAGAUUGUGGGGCAACUGAUGAUUCUGCAGUCUGGUGAAGGGCAAAAAAAGAAUAAAACAAAAGUUAAGAAGACAGACCCCCUGCUUGAAUACCAACCAAAACUUGCUAUUAAGAAUGUGUUUAUUUCUGUUGCUUCCCCUGUAUGACGUCCUCUGAAGUGUUAACACACUAAUCAGUCAGGUUUCAGGCAAGUGGGAGAUUGGUGUCUGUCUGAGUUUGUCCUCUGACUCUGGGGCCCUAAGGCACUCUUAUGCAGCUUCUUGUUGGCUGUUUUUUAGGGGGACUGGAUCAUGUAGGCCUAGUAAGUGAAUAAGUUGGUUUCGAAGUUAGCGUUGAAUUCAGUAUUGAUUAAUCAGCUCUUUAUUGGUCUGUCUGAAAGGAUCCCUUCAAGUGUUAAGGGUCAAGGCAUGCUGUACAAUCAAUAAACUCACCAUGAAUUAAA